AUGUGGUCGACUGCAUCAGAACGGAUCAGAUACAAUAAUGAGGAGAUCAGGAUUGUGUUGGUGGGAAAGACCGGAGUUGGGAAGAGCGCCACAGGAAACACCAUUCUGGGAAAACAGUACUUUAAAUCAGAGUUUUCUUUUAACACAUUGUCUCAACACUGUGUUAAGGCCAUUGGUGAAGUGGAUAGACAAAUGGUUGCUGUUAUUGACACUCCGGGUCUGUCUGACACCAGCUUUGAUGAAAAGGAAACCAGUAAAUAUAUUGCCCAGAGCAUUGCUUAUGCUUCUCCUGGACCUCACAUCUUCCUGGUCGUCAUCAGACUGGGCAGAUUCACAGAGGAAGAAAAGCAGACGGUGCAGAAGAUUCAGGAAAUCUUUGGAGAGGAAGCAGACAAGUACAGCAUGGUUCUCUUUACCCAUGGUGACCUGCUCAAAGGGAAACCUAUUGAGGAGUUCUUGAAGGACAGCGAAGACCUGCAGGAACUUGUAGACAAAUGUAACGGCCAGUACCACGUCUUUAAUAAUGAGGUGAAGGAUCGUUCUCAGGUCAGGGAGCUGCUCAACAAGAUCAGAAAUAUAACAAAGAAGAACGGAGGAAGUCAUUACACCACUGAAAUGUUCCAGGAGGCAGAGAGGGCGAUAGAAAAGGAGAAACAACGAAUCCUUAAAGAGAAAGAAGAGCAAAUGCGCAAACAGGUAGAGGAAAUGAAGAAGAAACUAGAGAAAAAGUAUGAGCAACAUAUAAGCAAAGCGAAUGUUGACAGAGAGAAGGUUUUAGUACAUCGUAAUAGAGAAUUGGAGACGGCAGUAAAAACAUAUAGAGAUGUGCAGGGAUAUCAGGCCAGAUUGAAAGCUGAGAACUGCAUUGGUACAGCAUGGUAA